AUGUCAACACGAACCGCGUUCAGGACUCGUAUAGACGAUGUUCCUGUAGCCGACGGACCAUCUGGACAACAUGUUGUGUGGGCCACAGUGUACUUUGACCCAGAAGAGGCCUGGCUUAACGAUCUUGAGUUGGUCCGCCGUAUGAUGUACCGCGUCGUGAACAGGCAAGUUACAGUGAACGAAUUACCCAUGCAUCACAGGUACUCUCACUGUGUAUCGAUUCGUGUUGGUGGAGAACUUCCCGACGAGGAUGCAGUUUAUGAAGUGGCUGAAGCCAUGUUGGAUAUCUUUCAUGGGAAGGUCAAAUCGGGGGAGUUUGUCGUUAACCGGGCGUAUAUUUUUCGUAGAAGAUCGCGAGAUCUGCUAAGUCUCGGGUCUUCAACGUAUUAA